AUGGAGGCGGCUAAAAAGCUUAGUAGCGAGACCAAAGAAACGUCUUCCCAAAGAUCUGGACAUUCAGCUUCGGGGUACUCGGUGGUAAACGAAUGUUUGAUGGGGGCCGUUGCGGCAUCCAACGAUAAAUUGAUCGCCAGUUUCGCAAAAAUAAGUUAUCCUACAUGUUACCCCAAUAUAUUUUUCGGCGAUGCGACUAUGUUUCAUCCGUGGAAAAGCUUUUCCAAAAGUAUGAUUAGCGACUCUGAGACAACCGCGGAACAAGAGAUGAACUAUUUUCACAUGUACACUAGGGAAACACCACAGAAAUUGGUGAACAGUUUCCGCAAAAGACAAUAUGGCGACUCGAACACGUUGUUGAAAGAACUCCGGGUGGAGCUAUAAAAUCAUUUUGGCAACGUAGCGAUUAUAACCAAUACACUACUGACGCGAUUGAAAGAGGCUGAAAAAUUCACUGAAAGGGAUAAAAAAUACCUGCAGGGGUUUUCAGAUCUGUGUAUCGAUGUGUCUUUCCAGAUUAUGCAACUUCCUGCAUGGACUUGCCUGUCAGAACUGUCCACACACCAUCCGACCAAUUUUAACUAAUAUGCCAGCUUCUAUUUGUUUCAAAUGGGGAAACGAGUUGUGGAGUAUCCUGAUUUUCAUGCUUUCGCCAACAUGAUGAAAAUACGUCAAUCUUGCUUACGGAAUUAUCCUAACGUCACAGCUACAGAUAUGCCCGGAAAAUGGAAAGAGAAACCGAAAUAACGUCCUGAAGGGAAAAACCAAAACGGAAGAUCAGGAAGAUGUUACUAAACAUUGCGCCUUCAAUGACAGACAAGGACAUAAUCUUCCAGAAUGCAGAGCUUUCAAACGUAAGACUUUGCAAGAAAAAACGGACUGGUUGAGGCACGCUGGACGUUGCUUUCGAUGCCUGCAAUCAAAACACUUAGCUAAGGAAUGUAAAGCCAAUAUUAAGUGUAACAAAUGUGGAAGCAAACGCCACUUAGAUAUGCUUCAUAUGGAAAAGUUAAAGAAGAAAGACAACACGGAAGAAGAUAUAACACCAGCCCGUACCAACGUCAAAUGCAAACCAAUAUCUAGAGUCUCCUGUAACAAGAUUGUCUUACUCGAAGUUUACCAACAAGAUGAACCCGAUCGCUUUAUUAAAGUAUAUGCCUUGAUUGACGAGCAAAGCAAUUCCUCCAUGAUAAGUCGGAAGUUAGCAGAUAAGCUUAGAAUUGUUGGACCCAAGGAGAAGUAUUUCUUAUCUACCUGCUGUGGAUCAAAAGAAACUAGAUACGGCCGACGCGUGCCUGGAUUGGUGGUAAAAUGA